GCCAGACCCCAGAUCUGAAGCGGCGAGCCCGGGCGGAGCAGGUCCCCGCCCGGUGCGCUGAGGGUGCGCGACGGUGUGGCCCCAAGGCAGAUCCGGGGGCUCGCGUGCCCCUGCACGCAGCCGUCAGAGAUGAGCGAGACCAGCCGGGUCUGCUCGGGCUACUACAGCCUCAACCACAGCUUCGUGGAGCCCUUCCAGUGCCCCCGGCGCGGCGAGGGGGCCGCUCUCCUCUACUGCUGUGGCUUCGCCGACCUCAAGUACUGCUGCAGCGAGCCGGGCAGCUACUUCCCCUACAAGCACAGCUACAUGUGGAGCUUGAGCAUUGGUGCCCUCAUUGGAUUGGGAAUUGCUGCUCUUGUUUUACUUGCUUUUGUCAUCAGCGUCUGUGUCCUUUGCUAUUUAUUUCUAUAUACAAAGCCUCAAAGAUUAGACACUGGCCUUAAACUUCAACACCUAGAGGCUUCUUCCACUCGAGAAGGCAACUCAAAUAGAAAAAUGAAAGCCAUCAAUUCAAAUGCAGCAUCAAAUUCAACAAAUGAAACAUCCUUUGAAGCUGAUGAUGUAAUUCAAGAAAGAACAAUGGAUAUGACAAACUUCAAUGAUGCUUAACUAAAAAUCUUCUGUUGUAAGAGCUCACUGGAGAAAUGGAGCAAUAAAAAUAAAGAAUGCAUUCAAAUAUAGUUAUUAGAGUAGUUUUCAGAAAUUCAUCACUCACAAAGCAAGACCCUGCUCCAUUUUUGAUCAUUUGAUUAAUUUAUUAAACACUCACUAAGGGUUUCUGACAGAUUUCCACGUGCCUAAGUUUACUUUUACUUGCUAAUCAAGAUGUUUCUGCAUUACAUGAAAUUAUGCUAAUACUUUAGGAAAAAAUGAAAUGACAUCAGUAACAGACCUUAGUGAGGAACAAUGAGUUUGUAACAUAAGCAUUUCACAAGUUUUUGACAGA